AUGUCUUAUCAAGGAUCACCAUAUUCGGGGCCAGGAGAUGAGUACGAUUUCGAAGAUGACGGGUACGAUGACUUAUACGAAUAUAGGGAUCCGGAGGACACGCAAUCGCACCACCCAGCGGACGAUAGCGAUGAAGACACAGAAGAAGCCAGUGAAACUGACAUACCAAAUAAUGACGAACCAGUUGAAAUUAAAGAACAGAUGUACCAGGAUAAGCUAUUGAACCUCAAGAAGCAGCUACAACAAAUAUACAAAGACCACAUGUAUGAUGUAGUCGAGAGGGAAUACAUAGCAGAGAAGAAGGCAGCGGCUAAAGAGUUUGAUGAGAAAAAGAUCGAGUUGAAAGAAAACCUAUUACAUGACUUUGAAGAGAAGAGGAAGUUGAUAGAAGGAGAACGGAACAGCAUGGAACUUAAUGGAGAUUCUAUUGAGGUUAAACCUCCGAUGAAACGUAUUCUUCGCCGUCGAGCCAACGAGCCGGCCCCGGCGCCCGAGAAGCGUCGUAAGCCUCUAGCUACCACACUGACCUUCCAACUGGACGAACGAGACAUUGACGCGGACCUGCGAGCCAUAGCUCGGACUUCGCCCCCCAGACACACGCAGCCGAGAAAACAUCUCAACUCAAAUAACUGCGAGUCCCCAGUGCGAGAGGGCGGAGAGUGUGACACUCGUGUAGAAGACGGUAAGCUGGUGUACGAACGGAGGUGGUACCACCGCGGACAGAGCGUGUACGUAGAGGGACGGGACAUGCCGCGCUUCCCCGCGUACAUACACGCUAUCACUGACGACGCGGUGAGAUUCUAUUUAAUAUUUAAUACAAAUUUCUUUGAAUAUUCAAUAUUUAUGUAUGUUACAAUAUGGGUUAAGAAGCCUAAUUUAGAGCGAGUCAGGAUAUAUGUAUCACAACUGGCGCGAGGCAAGGUCACUCUGAAGAGAAGGGCGUCGUAA